CUGAUCUCCAUACAUACAAACAUAGUAGACAUACAUCAAGAAUGCGGCCUCGGCUAAACAAAGGCUGGCCUAGCUUGUUCAAGGUAAAUGGAGGCUGCAGCGUGAAGCGCAACAAUAAUCCACUGCCGGAUAAGGAGAAGAGCUCCUCAUCAAUGGUAGUUCCUUCCCGAUCCUCUGGUAGGUUUGAGGAUAUCAUGAGGGAGAGAUGGAUCCCGACGCCGGAGCAGCUAAAGAUCCUGGAAGCCGUAUUUAACUCCGGCUGCAGUAUCCCUCCUCCGCGCGAAGAUAUCGCUCGUAUCAGAAUGGAAAUUGAGGGAACAGAAAGGCAAGAACCCUGAGGCGCCGGCGCCAAUGUGAUGAGGAUCCCG